GCUCAGUAUGAGCGGAUGUGAACUUCAGGCAGAAACAGGAUGUCAUUGGGAUAGUCGGAGACCUUCCAGCAGGGGGCGCAAAUGCAACACUGCACAUCCUGAGAGGUUUUGUGAGACAGAACAGAAGAAGGUACUUCCUGUAUGUUGUCCGCUGUGCUGUGUUUUCACAUAAAAUUACAGGGAUGGUUCAGUGGGGGGCCAUAUUUUCCAUAGUAGCUGCUCUCAGCGGAGCGGCGCUGUUGGCCUCCGUGCACAAAAUCGAUGAAGGACACACCGGAGUGUACUACAGGGGAGGGGCUCUUCUCACUGCCACCAGCGGCCCUGGUUUCCACCUUAUGCUCCCGUUCAUCACCACCUACAAGUCUGUACAGACGACACUGCAGACUGAUGAGGUGAAGAACGUACCGUGUGGGACGAGUGGAGGAGUGAUGAUUUACUUUGACCGCAUCGAAGUGGUGAACUACCUCAUUCCAUCAGCAGUGUACGACAUAGUGAGGAACUUCACAGCAGACUAUGACAAAGCUUUGAUUUUUAACAAAGUGCAUCACGAGCUCAACCAGUUUUGUAGCGUUCACUCACUACAAGAAGUCUACAUCGGCUUGUUUGACCAAAUCGAUGAAAAUCUGAAGUUGACACUACAAGAAGAUCUAACAUCUAUGGCGCCUGGCCUUAUAAUCCAGGCCGUGCGAGUCACUAAGCCCAACAUUCCUGAGAGCAUUCGCAGGAACUACGAACUCAUGGAGAGUGAAAAGACAAAACUUCUGAUUUCCCAGCAGACACAAAAGGUUGUAGAGAAGGAGGCAGAAACGGAGAGGAUUAAAGCUGUCAUAGAGGCUGAGAAAGUGGCGCAAGUUGCAGAAAUCAAGUUUGGGCAGAAAGUUAUGGAGAAGGAAACUGAAAAGAAGAUCUCUGAAAUUGAAGAUGAAGCUUUCCUGGCCAGGCAGAAAGCCAAGGCUGAUGCUGAGUUUUAUACGGCACUGAGAGCCGCUGAGGCCAACAAGUUGAAGUUAACUCCGGAGUACCUCCAGUUGAUGAAGUACAACGCCAUCGCAGCCAACAGCAAGAUCUACUUUGGCAACGACAUACCUCAGAUGUUUGUGGACUCCGGCUCCGCGGGGAGCUCCAUCAAGGCCUCCGCAGCCCUGGACGUUAUUAGUGAUCAGGUUAUAGACCUGGAUUAAUGAAGAAAGUACUUGGACUCUUAGGACCACCCAGGAGUGGUGGGCUCUUUGCGGGUGGCAGAGGUGCUCUCCGUUACCAACAGAACCUGCUGCCGGGGCCAGUAUUUCUCAGACAAUUCAGAAUCAGUGCUGGGAAUCCUACUGGAAGGUAAAAUAAAAGUUCAUGCAAGGUUUCUUCUACUCUGUCCUGGAUAAAAGGUCACAUUUAAACUUAACUGUAGGUUAGAUAUUAUGUUCAGCUCUCCCAUGUCAUUCUGACUGUCAUUCAGCCAAAACAAAUGGCUUUCAAGAUUUAUUUUUGUUGCCUCUCUUCUUAGGGUUGAACCGACAGUCAUUGCAGUUACACAAUCACUGCUUUCUGCUGUAGCUGUUUCCUUUUAACAAAGUCAAUAGCUUUUUCUUUUUUUCUGGGUUCCACUUUGUGAGCCUGCCAAGCUGUCAGUGAGUCUCAUGGUUGGUCUGAGCCGAACAAAGUGCGAUUUUCAGUUCAUGCUCCUCAAUUAAAACAGGAUUAAAGAACGUGUUUCUGUGGGCCAUUUCUUUAGGUACUCAUCAGAUUGAUAGCUCACAAUUUAGAUGCUGAACAUUAUCCCACAAUUUACUUUUUAAGGUAGAUGUUUGACUCAUUUCAACAAAGGAAUAUUCUAGAACUCGUCUCCAGCGGUCUUGUAAAAAGCCUCCUAAAGUCUAAACGUCCCAUAACUUUAUAAUAUGCCAGAAGAAAAUUUUACAAUAUGAAGUUUUAAGUUUACCAAAAAAAAAAGGCGCCCUUGAAAUACUUUGUGACCUUGAAGGAGAGAGGAUUUAAAAAGAAUAUGUGAUGGAGAUCAGAGUAUGUUUCUUUAACAAUGGGUUCCCAGGAAAACACCUGCUGGGCCAGAUCAAAGCUGUGCUGUGACUCAGCAGCUCUUUAAAUGUGUGUUUGUGUCUUGAGUUGAGACUUAAUUACAGCCUGUCAUCCUUCAUUAAGACGGAUAAGGCUCUGAGGCUGUUUGAAUGUGGUCGAAAGCCCCACUUAUUACACCCAUGAGGAAACGUUUGACCGCAUCAGCCGUCUUUCUUUUGGUGACCUUAAAGGAUCUCAUUUUAUCAGUUCAUGCUGCAUUUUACUACAAGUCAUUCCCACUUCCAAUUUGUUCCUGUAAAUUAAUUAUUUCCACGUACUGGAACUACUUUACAUACUUUUUCAUGAUUUAUAAAGAUAAAACGUCAGAAAAGUACUCGGGUCUCAGGUGUUGUUUUGUUUUUUUUAUUCUAAAAGUUUUAUAGCCUAUAACCAGGGCUGGUUUUAGAAGAGUAUGGACCCCUGUGCUAGAGCCAGUUUUGGUUUCCUAUACCAAACGAUUUAAAAAAUAAAAAUAAAUACUUUACUAAUGCAAAUUACAGAACAUCAAUAAGUAGAUCCACACAUUUGCAGGUACAACUUAGUUGGUUUAAAACAUCUGCAGAUGGCUUCAUCUUGGUCCCAAAAAGAGGAUUUUCAAAUAUUUGAGUGUAGUUUCAAUUAACUAAAACAUAAUAUAUUAAUAAAACACCACAUGUGAAAUGAGCCCAGGACGUUAAUAUGAUUAUGCACAGUACCCAUUAAAAAAAAAACUAUUUCCCCCCCACCCUCCAAAAAUCUUGUGGCCCUGGGCUGCCGCCUUCGUAAGCCCUUUCUAAAGACUGAGCCAGCCUAUGACACCCUAUUUUUUGAUACUGAUCUCCGUUUUUGGGGCCAGAUGAUUCACGGAAAGAGAUUGUGAUGGCAGACAAAACCAAAACAAACCAGAACCACGUCUUGUAUUUGGGUAUUUUUCUGCAUUUACCAACUUAACCACCCAGCAGCAGACUAUGAAUAGCUCAUAUAAAUUAUUUUUGACUCAUCAGCUUCCAAACCAGGAAGAAAACAGCCCGUUGGUGGUUACAGACGUAUGGUAUGACAGACCCCCUUUCCCCUCCGUCACAAAUGGAAGAAUAUUAAACGAAUUGGCGAAAUUACCAGCGGCAUAGUGAUCUUUAGUCUGUUUAGAUGCAAGCAAACAGAAAAUUCCCCUUAAUAAAAUUAAAAACAGCUUUAAAGCUUCCUGUUCCUCUCAGUGAGAUCUGCUGGUAACUGUAUCAUAAUUGGAAAAAUGUGUUUUUUUGGAGGGGGUUUUCUUGUGGGCGUCAAAGAGGCACCAUCUGGUAGUGAGUCGGACUCGAUUUCCUUCUGACCUGCUUGACGAAUACGGGCCCUGAGCGCAGCAACGGACAGCACAAGCUUGAUGAAUGUACUGCGGUAGCUGCUCACUGUCUCAUUUAAAUCACUGCUUUAUUUGUAUGAUUGUUUUUUUGUGUGUGUGUGUACAGUGAAUCUAUAAUUCCUUUGAUUUGUGAAGCUGAAACUUUACUUCUUUUCUGUUUUUUCUGUUGAAUAACACGUGUUGAUGGCGUUUUUCGUAGGAGACUGUGCCAAGAGCAUCUUAAAUUAUGAAGCAGAAAAGAAGCUUUUUACUUUAGUUUGGACAUCCAAACUUAGACCGGUGUCAUCUGCUUGAGUCUGGACUUUUUUCUGCAAUCAUUUGAUGAAUGUUUUACUGGUUGUGUUGGAAAUUGUUCAACAGGAAUCAUUGGCAGCAUUAUCAGUCUGAAGGUGAAGGAGGGAACAUAAAAAUAAAUGUGGACAGAGACUAUAGAAACAUUUCACUGUGGACAAAAUUACAGGCAUUUUUAAAAAUCUUUACAAGGAGCAUGUAACGCCGCAUUAUGUAAAAACUCCACGAUAUGAUUUAAUGUAAAAAAAAUCAGCCUUUGCGUCAUUUUUUUGUGUCAUUAAUAAUGAUAAUUAAUGUCAUAAAUGUAAUGAAAUCUUUGAGCGCAUUUUGAAUCGUUUUGCCUUGAACACUUGAGUGGAUAUGAGUCUGAAAAGGAAACUAAAUGAAAAAAACUGUUUGGCUUUUAUUGACUCAAUUUGAAUGCAUCGUGAUUAGUAUUACAAGUAUGAUGAUUUGGAUGAACAUGAACAGUUUGUGAUUAUUGCAUAGUUUUGAAAAAGAAAAAAAAAGCUACCUCCACAUUUUGUAAUAAUCGGCACAAAAGGUAAUAAAAUCCUUCUACGUUCUGCUGCAUAUGUAAAACGUUACAUUUUACGUUUAUUAUUACAUAAUGCUUUUUUAAUUGUUACAUUUUGAAGCCAAAUUUUCGGAUAUUAACAUAAUGCUGCGUUACAGAGCAAAGA